AUGUUUAGUUUCCUACAAUUUGGACAAUCUGUAAAAAAUGGAGAAUUGACCGACAGAUUCAAACGAGAUGACAACGAUGAGGGGCUGACAAUGAAGAGUUAUACGAUAGCGUCGUCAGUAACUGAACGGUUCUCAACAAUCAAUAUCCAGAGUCGCCUGCAAAACAACCAUUCAUAUACUGUCAAGUCAAAGUUAUUAGUUCAUGUUCCAGAAGCGGCGUUCAUUUCAAAUUUCAGUAUAGUCAUAAAUGGAUCAGAAUAUGUGGGGAAAAUCGUUGCAAAUGAAGAAAGAGAUGAAGCUAUCCGUAACAGAACAGAAACCCAAUUAAAUGUUGAAGUCAAAUUUUCAGAGACGAAUACAGAACGGGGUAUAAACAUUUUUGAAAUAGAUAUAACACUAGAAGCUGGAGGAGAGACGACACUUUCAUUGACAUAUAAUGAACUUUUAGAACGUCGACUAGGACUUUACACUCAAAAAAUAUUUGUGUAUCCCGGUCAGGUAGUUGACACAUUAGCCGUUAGUGCGAUUGUGUUGGAAAGCCAAGGAUUCGAGACGUUCUCAUAUUCUGUUCCACACUCAGAGAAAUCUGUUUUGUUGUCAUCGGUUUCAAAUCCAACAGUAAACAGUGUUCUUUAUCAACCAACAAAAAAAGAACAAACAACAGUGUCGUCAAAAGGAAUAAAUGGACAACUUGUAAUUGAGUAUGAUUUGAAACACGAAAAAGACGCUGGUAAUGUAAUUGUAGAAGGUGGCUAUUUUGUUCAUUACUUUACACCAAGUGGACUUAAAACCAUGGACAAGAACAUUCUAUUUGUUAUAGAUGAUAGUGGAUCAAUGAGUGGUACGAAAAUCAGGCAAGUUCGGGAAUCGAUGCUAUCUAUUUUAGAUAAUCUGAAUCCAAACGAUUAUACCAAUAUCCUUAAAUUUUCCACUUCUGUGCAGACCUGGUUACCUAUGCCCGCCGUGGCAAGCUCUGAAAAUAUUGCAAAAGCGAAGACAUUUGUUAAUGACAAUCUCGAUGCCUCUGGAGGUACUAAUAUCAACGACGCCCUAAUUGAAGCCAUACAAUCACUGAAAUCAAGUUCUGUAAAUGUGAAGCGAGCCCAGAUUAUAUUUUUUCUGACAGAUGGACAGCCAUCUACUGGUAUAACAGACACGGAACAGAUACGAAAGAAUGUUAUGGAAGAAAACGAAGGCUUUGCAGCUAUAUAUUGUCUUGGGUUUGGUUUUAAUUUGGACUAUAAUUUCUUGAAGAACCUGGCCUACGAAAAUAAUGGAUUUUCACGACCAAUUUAUGAAGAUGAAGACGCUACUGAACAACUUGUGGAUAUUUAUAAUGAAAUUAAAGAUCCUUUUCUGUUAGAUGUUAAAGUUAACUAUGAUAGUAAAUAUGUAGAAUUAAAUUCAACCACAAACAACAAGUUCUACCAGUAUUUUAACGGAACCGAGAUUGUUGUUGCGGGAAAAUUAAAGAAGUCUGGUGUUCUUCCAGCUGAUACGGUUUUAGUUCAAGGACUUUCUAAGGAUGGAAACUUGGAUUUGAAAAUGACAUCCAGAUCUAUUACCAUUCGUCCUCUUGAUGAAAAUAGCAGCAACAAGAAGCUACAGGACAUAAAAAAAAUUAAACAACUAAUUGGAAAAUAUUCUACGUACAAUAAUGCUGAAUCUGAAAAAGCCAAACAAGAUGCUAUUAAAUUAGCAAUUGAGAACAAUUUUAUUACUAAAUUUACAUCAUUUGUUCUUCAAGUCAAGUCUCCUACAGCCUCACGAAAUAAAGUUAUGUGUACUAUAGGAUUCGGAACUGCUUUCACCGCCAUAAUCAGUCUUAUGAGUUUGUGGAUGUUUUAG